UUUAAAAGAAACGAAUAUUAUUUCCUGGAAGAAAUGUCUAACAACUUCAGAAACGAUGACGAAAUAAAUUUCUCAUUCGAUAAAGAUAACGAUAGAAGAGAUUUCAGAUGGCCUAAUGAUAUAACCGCUGAUAAUAGAGAGCAUAAUGCGAAUAGAAGGGCAAACUUAAAUCCACACAGACCGGAAGUAAAUUAUCCUACAAGAGAUUUAUACCCAAGACGUGCCCCGCCACAAGGAAUAAAUGAUAUAACCAACGUAGACCUAUCAGUGAGAGCUAACACUGAUUUACACAGAACCUCCAAAUUCGAUAUAGUUCGGAGAGAAGAAGUAUUGGUAGUUAGGCGUGGACAAGCUUUUACGAUUCUAAUUUCUUUCAAGGAAAAUUUCGACCCCAGACGGCACGGGAUCAAAUUCGUUUUCGACCUAGGACCGAGUGCCAACAUAAUCAACGGAACAAAACAGGUUAUUGAGGUUGAAGAUGAGACGUUACCCGUAAAGCAAUGGGGAUGCCGAAAUAAAUCCAUCCAAGGAAACCGGGUUUGGGUGGAGUGUUUGGCAGCCCCAAAUACUUCAAUAGGUAUGUGGAUACUUUCGAUCGUGUCUACAUCUCUAGCUGAUGCUGCUAAUUUUUAUAGGAGAGAAAUAGUUUUUAAAAUAAAUAAACCUAUCUUCAUUCUGUUCAAUCCUUGGUGCAAAGAGGACUCGGUAUUUUUCGACGAUGAUGAAUGGCGUGAGGAUUCCGUGUUGGGAGAUGUGGGCAAAAUUUGGAUGGGAACAUCGAAGGACAAGCACUCACGUAUGUGGAGUUAUGGACAGUACGAAGAGAACGUGUUAAGUUGCGCUUUUUUGGCUCUCGAUAUGACUAGAUUGCCCCACCAACGCAGAAAUAAUCCAAUAGAAGUGUGCAGAGCUAUAUCAGCGAUAGUGAAUUCUUUAGAUGGGGAUAGGGGUAUUGUGGAAGGCAAUUGGUCUGGAAAUUAUAGGAACGGAAUUAAUCCCACUGAUUGGCAAGGUUCGACACAAAUAAUGCAAAAAUACUACAAGACUAGGAAUUCGGUCAAAUAUGGUCAGUGUUGGGUCUUCGCCGGAGUAACCACGACAAUUCUAAGAGCCCUUGGAAUACCGUGUAGAACCAUCACCAAUUUCAAUAGUGCCCACGAUACAAAUAAGAACCUUGUGGUUGAUGUAAUUUACAAUGAAAGGAUGGAGAUUCAGGAAGAAAUUAGCCCUGAUUCUAUAUGGAAUUAUCAUGUUUGGAAUGAAUGCUGGAUGACAAGACCAGACCUGCCUUCAGGUUAUGGAGGUUGGCAAUUGUUGGAUUCUACCCCUCAAGAAAUAAGCGAAAACGUUUAUAGAUGUGGCCCAGUGUCUAUAAAAGCUAUAAGAAACGGAAACGUAGGCUUACAAUACGACACUGGUUUCGCGUUUGCGGAAGUAAAUGCUGAUAUUGUCUCGUGGAUUCUCACUAGAAGGAACAACGGAAAGCCAACUUUUUUAUAUAGGGAUGAACAUAAGAUUGGCCAAUUUAUCAGCUGCGUCAAACCAAAUUCCAUUUCCAAUGUGGAUGAUGAUCGACUCGAUAUAACAAACGAUUAUAAACCAGAAGAGAGUGCUAGAGAGGAUAAUGAUUCAGGUUUGAGAGCACUAUCAAGGAGUUCUUUCUCGGAGUCUUACGGAAGUUCUAAUAAAGAUGUUGAAUUCACCCUAGUGGAUUUAGUCAAUGUUCGCUUAGGUGAAAAUUUAGCUAUCAUAUUGAAAAUGUUAAAUUUAACGAAUUCUCAACGAACUUUGACAAUCUCUUUACAUCUAUAUUCCGUUUAUUAUACUGGUAUUAGACAUAAAAAGAUUAAGUCAGCUCAAUUCGAAAAUGUACCUCUAAAUGGAAGAGAAAGUAGAGAUAUUUCAAUGGAAAUACAAGCCGAAGAUUACCUGGAUUAUAUUAAGGAUGGAUGCUAUUUUCACAUGACAUGUAUGGCUGUAGUUAGUGAGACCAAUGAAGUCUUUUCAAGCGUCGACGACUUCAUCAUAUCUAUGCCCACCAUUAAUAUAAAGGUAGAAGGCCUGCCAUUGAAAUUGAAUAAACAGUCCUCUAUAAAAGCUAGCUUUGUUAAUCCCCUCAAAAAAACUCUCAGAAAUUCUAAAUGGAUCUUAGAGGGACCUGGAAUCAACAAGCCUAAAGUGAUUGCGAGCAGAGAUAUCCCAGGAUCAAGUCUAGCUAUGUUGGAAGCUAAUAUAACACCUCGAGACACUGGGAAUAAAACCAUAUUAGUUAGUUUUAGUUCCUCAGAUUUGAAUGAUAUCGAGGGUUACCUGCAUGUCAGCGUUAUACAAUGAAUAAUAAUUUGGAGUAGGCUUAUGAAUUAAAUGUGCCGAAUUUCUUAUUUUUUUUUAUUAUAAUUUAUCGGAUCGAGAGAUUAUACGAAUUAUAUAUAGAUUUUGAUUUAAUUUCAACAUCAAAAUUACUUAUUGAAACAUAAAUUUAAUUAAGUUCCUCGAUACCAUAUAAUAUGCCUCUUAUAUAAAUCAAUAUUUUCCUCUCUCAAAUGUUGUAAAACACCAAAAAAAUGAUAU